CCGAGUGGGAUCUUUGUUUGGAGUUCAGAGGCGAAGCCAAACAGCCCGGCUGCCGUUCAGAGUCGCCGACGUUACCUUCUGUAAACCUUUACGGGCAGCGCUGAGGACAUUAUACGACGACACAUAUAACAAAACCGCGCUAGUCUGGACCCUAACAGCCUUUUAUACGCGCUUUGAAACUUCAGCUUUGUGUUUUUAACGCACUUUGAGUAGAGGUGGGUGGUAAACACAGGCUAGCUAGCUAGUUAGUUACCUGCUAUUUUACUCCUACUCGAGCCUCCUCGCUCUCUUCUCCUUUACCUCCUAAUUAUCUCCUCUGUGUCAGCUGGUUCAGCUGCUGGGCUGCUUUGCUGUUGUUGGCUCCCCUCACUCUGCAGCCUUAGCGUUUUGUUUUAGACCCAGGGAAAGAAAGGCGAUAGAUGCGGACCGUGUCCGCGAGUAAGCGCUGCGCUGCCGUUCUUUAGGGAGCUCCGACCUGAAGUUGGCCUCGUUUGGCUUUAGGGUUUAAGAAGCUUUCCUUCAGGAUGGUUCUAGGCUGCCUUGCCCAGCUCAGCGCACGAUGACAGUGAGGUGGUUUUGCUAGCAAGCCUUUUGGCUCAGGGAUGAUGAGUACAGCAGCUUGCUGUUGGGGUGAAAGGCAGCCCAGGCAGAGCCGCGGAAGAAGAGGGCAGCGACGUUACGACGAAACCUCAACGUCUUAGGAUCUGAUCUGGGGGUUUUAAACGUUUCCCGCUGAUGGAGACCGUCGGAAAGUUCCAGUUUAGCCGGAAAGACUUGAUAGGACACGGUGCCUUCGCGGUGGUGUUCAAAGGAAGACACAAAGAGAAACACGAUCUCGAGGUCGCCGUGAAGUGCAUAAAUAAGAAGAAUUUGGCCAAGUCACAGUCGCUCUUGGGGAAAGAGAUCAAAAUAUUAAAGGAGCUGAAACAUGAGAACAUCGUGGGUUUACUGGACUUUCAGGAAAUUUCGGGAUGUGUCUACCUCGUCAUGGAAUACUGCAAUGGCGGAGAUCUAGCAGAGUACCUGCACUCUAAAGGCUCUCUGAGUGAGGACACCAUCCGAAGCUUCCUGCAGCAGAUAGCAGCAGCUGUGAAUGUGCUGAGGAGUAAAGGCAUCAUCCACAGAGACCUGAAGCCCCAGAACAUCCUCCUGGCCUACAGCGCCGGACGCAGGGCAAACCCCAACAACAUCUGCAUCAAACUGGCUGAUUUUGGCUUUGCACGGUACCUGCAGGGGAACACCAUGGCCGCCACACUCUGUGGCUCCCCCAUGUACAUGGCUCCUGAAGUGAUCAUGUCACAGAAUUACGGCGCCAAAGCCGACCUGUGGAGCGUGGGCACCAUCAUUUUCCAGUGCUUGACCGGCAAAGCUCCAUUUCAGGCCAGUAGCCCCCAGGAGUUGCGACAGUUCUAUGAAAGAAACCGGAACCUCAGUCCCAACAUCCCACGUGAAACCUCCAGCCAUCUGAGGCACCUGCUCCUGGGCCUGCUGCAGAGGAACCACAGAGACCGAAUGGACUUUGAUGAGUUUUUUCAUCACCCCUUCCUGGAAGCCAGCACAGCCGUGAGAAAAUCUUCUCCAGUGCCCAUGCCCUCUUACCCAAGCUCAGGAUCUGGAAGCUCUAGCAGCGGCUCCUCAACCUCUCACCUCACCCCCACCCAGUCAGAUGCUGACACCCCAAAGCCACACCCACUUCCCAAAGCCACGCCCCCUUUAGCUUCCCAGCUGAAAGACGACGACUCCUCCUUGGAGACGGAGGAUUUUGUCAUGGUGCCAGCGCAGUUCUGCAGUGAGAUAGGAGAUCAAGGAGGACAAGCCAAUCAGGAGAGCGAGAUGCAGAGUGGGUGUUCUCUGCUGAGUCCUGCUGCCUGUGUGGGCAGGACGUCUCCACCCUCACCUUCCCUGCGCAUGUCCCCAAGCCCUGCGAGACCUGUGGAGUGCUGUGGCAGUAGCUAUAGUCAGUCUGUGCCUGUUCCAGUGCCUACACAAAUCCACAACUACCAAAGAAUGGAGCAGAACCUGCAGGGGCCUUCCAGGACCGCAAUGCCCACCAAUCACUGCUGCAUGGGUGGCUUCCCAGGAAGUGGGCGGACAGGAGGUUCUCCUGAGUCUGGAUAUGGCCUAUCUUAUCGCAGACUGUCCACAGGGGGGUCCAGACCAUACCAACCCUCUCCACAAGUGGGCACUAUACCGGAGACUCCUGAUCAGCCGGAGCCACAGUACAGCAGGACUGGGCAGCAAGAUGUUUUUCUCCACCAGCAGAAUCGCAUCUCUCCUCCUUUUUCUGACCUUGGUGCUAUGGAAACAAACCUGGCCCCUAAAUAUACGGUCCACCGGCACAGUCCAGACAACAUAGUACACAGGUGGGAGCUGGGCAGACGGGCCAGCUGUCCUCAGACUCUCAGCCCUGUACUGGAGCCAGCACAAGGGCCGCCUCUGGGUGCGCCACUGGGUCGCACGAGGACCAUGCCCGACCUCCAGGAGCACUGUGUAGCACCCCACAAUCUGCUGGAGAGGAGAAGAAGCUCUGUGAAAAGGUCCAUGAGCGCAGGCCGGUUGUCGGAUAUGCUGCUGAAGGCUGUGUUUGGAGCUCAGCUGGACAGAGGGAGUGGUGAUGGUCUAAAUACUGAGAGGCCCAUGGACACCACAGUGCCCUCUGGUGGUAUGGGGUGUUUAGAGAAAGGCUCUGCUCCGGUGCUCUUCACUUUAGGCUCUCCUCCUCACGGACACACUCGUCCUCUGAACGCUAAACACAGACGCUACUCAGUGGGUUCCUCCAGUCCUGACAGUCCUGUUUGGAUCUGCGGUCACUUCCACAAGACUUGCCACUCACCAGACGACCAGCACUAUGGUUAUGUAGACGCCAUGGCAGCUAAUCUACCUGGAGGCGUGGCCUUCAUACCUCCUGAGCUUCCGGAGGAGACACUGAUGGAGCAGGGUCACACGGACAUGCUGGCCCAACUGCGCUUCACUCUGGCUUUCGCCCACUGUGUGAUGGAGGUGGCUGCUUCAAAGGACAGUGGGAUUGAGCGGAAUGAGGCUCCAGACGCUUCGUUCCUAGAGCAGAGUCUGGUGGCCGAUCAGAUUAGCCAGCUGAGCCGAGAGUGGAGUUCUGCAGAGCAGUUGGUCUUGUAUAUGAAGUGCGCGGAGCUGUUGUCCACUGCCUUACACACAGCAAUGGAAGCCAUAAAGCAGGAGAAGUUCUAUCCCUCAGCGUCAGUUAAGCAGGUUGUGCGGAAGCUGAACCAGCUGUAUAAGGAGUGUGUGACAUCCUGCCGCUCUCUCACGGCAAGACUCCAGCUUUUCUUCAGCACCAAGCAGAAGCUGAUGGACCGAUUCCACAACAUCACUGCUGAGAAAAUCAUCUACUCACACACCGUCCAGAUGGUUCAAGCUGCUGCUCUGGAUGAAAUGUUCCACCAUGGGGAGGCCUCAGCUCAGCGCUAUCAGAAAGCCUUGCUGCUGAUGGAGGGUUUGUCUCUAAUCAUUACAGAGAGCGCAGACCUCAACAACAUUAACAAAUGUAAACAGUGUAUCGAGCGCCGUCUCUUCUCCCUGCAGCCAGGACUCUGUGCGUGAUCACCGCAAGACUUCAUUCUCUUCUGUAUUCGCUUUGUUUGGUCUAAGAAAAGAGAAGAAAGCAGGGACGAGGCAGGCGCUCUGCUAGCUAGCAGAUUCACUCACGUCCUAAAGGGGCCUCACUCUAAUGCCAAAGCAAGUGAGACUUCAGCAAGGCGGCGAGAAGUCGGAAAACCUGCUUUAACACACGCUGUACAGUGCAAACCAAGUAUUGUCUGAACUGUUUAGUUCCGCCCAAAGAAUCCAAUCAGCCUCUGUUUUGCUAGACGAGUGUGCUAAAGUUAUGCGAACACAGCAUAUUUUAGCGUGAUCUGUGAAAUUCUCACCUUGAAAAAAGAAAGUAAACUACACUGAAGCUCAAGAUCAGCGGUAUUGGAAAACCUCCACAUGGUAGCAUGCUAAAGUCAUGCUGAAGACAUCCUUUGAACUCAAAGUCCUGGUUUCUUUGUCUUUCUCAUCAUGUUGCAUACGGACUACUUCCUUUUUAGCUUCUAAACCAUGUCUUUUCGUGAUGCCGGAGGGAAUAAUAGCGACCUGUGAGGACUCAAAGGGAAUGUGUAGCUAUUACAGCUGCUGUUUUGGGUGAUUUUGUGGAAGGUUAGACGGGUCGUGUUGCGUCAGUGUUACACAGAACAUGUUGUAGCCUACACUUUUAAUAACGCUGAUGUCCAAAAUGAAGAGCGAAGUGUCUCCGUUAUUACAUCGUGUCAAAAUUUCAUGACGAACGGACCAACAGGUACGGUCCGGAAUCAGAAAUCUCAUUACAUGAACUUGCAUUAAAAGCAAAGAACGUUUUUACCCUCUCUGUACAGUUACCAUUUUGGAGAUAGAUGUGGUUUUGGACAGCGACAGUAAGUAACAGACCAAGCAAAAGCACAUUUUCGUAGACCUGCUGUGUGCUUUGCUAAAUGGAUACAAUACUUGAUGCUUAUUGUUGGAACUUUAAAUACUUUAACGUUUUAACUACUGUACCAUUACUAUGUGUAUUUACAAUUAAGCACUUUAUAACUGAGUAUUCUGGCUGAGUCCCCUGUAGAAGAGUCCUGCUCUGUAGCAGCCAACUUCUGUACAGUGAGUUCACCUUCCCCCUGUUGUAUGCAAAAUAUUUCAAUGCAGGUUAUUUGAGCUAAUCUGUUAUGUGCUGCUUUUGCUUUCCCUUAGAAUUUGACUGAGUGUUCGGCAAUGUCAUGGAGCGAGUCUUCAAAUGCACAUGUGUUUUUUUGUUUGUUUCUUCUUGUUUGCUUUUUGUUUACGCCUGUGUUAGUAGUGGCCUUAUUCAAGCACAACAAAUGCACAUGAAACUUUAUAAACUGUGGGAGAUUAUAAAAAAUAUGGAAAUACUUUUUGUAUAUGUGAUGUUGCAGUAACGGCUGUGUCGAUGGUUCUUUUGUCCAUUACCAAAAACUCAAAAUCAAACCAAGGUUUGUAGAGCUUGUAGGUGUGUGUGUGUGUGCGAGUGCCUGUGUAUAAUAAAAUAAAGUUUGGUCUCAUUUUUA